GUGGCGGUGGGCUGGCGGACCGGAAGUGCCGCCACACAAUAAGCCGCAACGCCCGGAGCGCGCGCGGCGUUGAGCGGAGAGCGCGAGGCAGCGGCGGUAACGGACCAACCAUGGAACAAACCUCUGAUGAAGAUGUGGACCAUGCUGCAGAGGAAGACAGUGAUAAAGAAGACCAGGACUUGGACAAGAUGUUUGGUGCAUGGCUCGGUGAACUUGAUAAGCUCACUCAGAGUCUGGACACAGGGAAACCCGAAGAACUAAAGAGAUCCCCACUUCGUCAGGAAACCAACCUAGCAAACUUCUCCUAUCGUUUCUCGAUGUACAACCUGAAUGAGGCUCUGAGCCAAGGAGAUGGAGUGGAUCUGGAUGCACUCAUGGCAGAUCUCUGCUCUAUGGAACAGGACCUCAGCAGUAUCAGUAAGGAACCUUCCAGAAAAGACAGUGUUGUGAAAAAGUCUCACAAGGAGGUGGUACCUGGUAAGAUGCACAGCAAAGAAACCAAAUCAGUUCAGAAACAGUCCAUCAAUCAAACAACUUUGAAGCCGGGAGGUCUGAAAGGAUCUGCAGCCAGAAGCCCAAAAUCUUUGCAUUCCAACUUUUCUCUGGAUGAUAUCACUGCCCAACUAGAACAAGCCUCCCUCAGUAUGGAUGAAGCUGCACGGCAAACUAGCACCAUGACACAUGACAUAAAGCCGACUGUGACCAUUCAACAUAGGCGAACAGGAUCAGCUGGAACUGUCAGUGAUGCAGAUAUCCGCUCAACUAGUACUUCAUCUCGAUCCAGUAUAACUUCUGCUACGUCAAGCCAGGAUUCCUUGGACACUGAUAAGGUUACUCGACCGCAGGAUCUCGAUUUGAACCAGCAAGGUCAACCCACGACAGAGCAUGUUCCCUCAAGUCGCCACAAUAAACAGGUCAGACGCCACCUUGACUUUAUGGAGGAAGACUUGGAGCUAAGGACUCAUUCCUAUCUGGACAGGGAAACGUCAAUCAUUUUGAGAAACAUAGCUGGGAAACCUUCUCAUUUGCUGACCAAGGAGGAACAGGCUGCCAGACAGAAAGCAGAAAAAAUUAGGGUGGCGUUAGAGAAAAUCAAAGAGGCACAAGUUAAAAAGCUGGUGAUACGGGUCCACAUGUCUGAUGAGAGCUCCAAAACUAUGAUGGUUGAUGAAAGACAGUCAGUCAGGCAGGUGCUAGACAACCUGAUGGAUAAAUCUCACUGUGGAUUCAGCUCAGAUUGGUCAUUGGUGGAAACAAUUCCUGAACUUCAGAUGGAAAGAAUCUUUGAAGAUCAUGAAAAUCUGGUGGAAAACUUGCUGAACUGGACUCGGGACAGUCAGAAUAAGCUCAUGUUUACUGAACGCAUUGAGAAGUACGCUCUUUUUAAAAAUCCACAGAAUUAUCUACUUGGGAAGAGGGAGAACUCUGAAAUGGCAGACAGAAAUAAAGAAGCAUUGCUUGAGGAAUUUUUCUUUGGAAGUUCUGUGACUGUUCCAGAAAUUGAGGGUUUGCUGUGGCUGAAGGAAGAUGGCAAGAAAUCAUGGAAGAAGCGCUAUUUCCUGCUCAGAGCUUCUGGAAUCUAUUAUGUCCCUAAAGGAAAGACAAAGACCUCUCGGGACUUGGCCUGUUUCAUUCAGCUGGACCACAUGAAUGUGUACUAUGGCCAGGAUUAUCGAAGCAAGUACAAGGCCCCGACAGACUACUGCUGUGCACUUAAACAUCCUCAGAUUCAGAAGAAGUCUCAAUAUAUCAAAUACCUCUGCUGUGAUGAUGUCAGAACUCUUCACCAAUGGGUGAAUGGCAUUCAUAUUGCCAAGUAUGGAAGACAGUUAUAUGACAACUAUCAAGAUGCUUUGAAACGGGCUGAAGCUGCAUAUGAAUGGUCAUCACUGUCCAGUACAAGUAUGAAAUCUGGAUCCAGUUCUUCCAGUUUGCCUGAAUCCCAUUCUAAUCAUUCGAAUCAGUCAGACAGUGGUGUUUCUGACUUGCAAUCUACGGGUCAUGUUCGCUCUCAAAGUAUUGUCAGCUCCAUCUUCUCAGAAGCUUGGAAAAGGGGCACACAAUUGGAAGAGCAACAACAGCACUCCAAGAUCAGGACAGAUUUGGUCCGAUCCUACCCUUCACCUGUACCACCAACUUCCCCUCAGACCAGAAUCAGUGUGUCUCAUGUGGUACCACAACCCUCUCCACCACCACCACCACCUCCACCACCACCUCCACCUCCCCCACCUGCUGCCUCGCUCAUCAAAUACAGCACAGUCAGUAGAGAGAUGUCAAGCAAACGACCACCUCCACCUUCCUUUGCAACUCUGCCCAUGGGUCAGCAGGUGCUUCCCCCACCUCCACCCUCGCAACUUGUGAAGCCCCAGCUGCUGUUGGAAAGUGAUGAUCAGAGUACUUCACCCAUCACCUCUAUCCCAUCGCCCCCGUCUCCACUUCAGGCAGCUUCUGCUCCAUCUCCUUUUAAAUCGGGACCGCCCAGCCCUUCGCCCAUGGUUCCUGCCUUCACACCCCCACCACCGCCACAAAAAUUACAACAGCAAUGUGUACCGUUACCUGACCAACAACCCUUCACUCCUCCGCCACCACCACCACCUCCUCCUCCAUUACCUUCAAUACAGGGUGCUGUCACCAAAAAGAUAGGGAUGCCUUUCGAGGCCUCUCUAAGCCACCAACCGCAAAAAAUUCCAAAACCGGCAGCAGCUGGUGUUGUUCAGAUGGAUUCCCCUCCUGCAAUGCCCCCUCCACCACUUUCAGUAAAAGCAUCCAGGUUUGCAGCUGCACAAAUCUCACUGCCCCCACCACCACCCGCAGUUCCAUCUUCUCUUCCAGUGGGAACAAUUCAGACAGCUGAAUCUGCAGACCAAAUGCCAAUCACUCCAUCACCGACUGUUUCCACAAUAAAACAGUCCUUAAACCUGUUCCAGCCUCCCCCUGCAGCCUCAACUGCUAAGUCAUCACCAGCCCCAACUCAAACUCCUACAUCUCCUCCAGCUGUGAAAGCAAAACCCAAAUGGCAGCCUGGUUUCCUUCCAUCGCCAGAGUUUCCCCCUCCACCUCCUGAAAGCAGUCUACCCCAACUUCCUCCACGUAGUCCCACCCCUCCUUCCACCCCGGUCAAAUCAACUUCAAUCAAAAAACCUCCGAAAAUAUCGAGUCCUGGUGGAAAGAAGCCACCUCCCACACCCCAGAGGCACUCCAGUAUAAAAGGACCCAGUUGUGCAGAUGCAAGAGAAUCCAGAAAACCGGUGGAAACUGUCAGUAAUAAGUUUGAACAACCAACAAUUCCUUCAGGACCUUCCACGCCAGAUAUGACUUCGUCUCCACCUGCUCCUUCAAAACCUGGUAAAUUAAAUUUGGCUGCAGUUAAUUUGAUGUUCCCACCAGGAGGGCCACCAAGCAAAGGACCAGGAGUUCCAGCUCUCUCAAAGGAGCCCGUGUCUGAAUUUCCUUCACCACCUUCAGAUACGGAUUUCCCUCCCCCACCUCCAGAUCUAGAUCUUCUACCCCCUCCUCCAUUGGAGAUGGCAUCUUCUGGCUUUUCCAAUUCUGUCCCACCCAAGGUAGCAGUGGUGAAUCCGCAGCCGCAAACAUGGUCCAAAUCUUCAAUGAAGAAAGCUCCGCCACCAGUACUUCCCAAAAGGAGCGACAGCACUCGCUUAACACAGGGAGAGUCUUCAGAACACCAGGUUCCUCCUGUCACUUCGUUGCCAGUAUCUCCAAAACCUGCCUUGUCUGUGCAGCCUCAUUUUCUGGCUGAUCUCAAUAGGACUCUACAGAGAAAGUCCUUCACCCGACAUGGCUCGUUGGCUUCCACACGGCUGUCCAAGGCGGAACAUAUCACCACCAUGGACGAUAUGGCACUUCCUCCUCCUCCUCCUGAAUUGCUUUUUGACCAAGAAGCUACCAACUCAUAUGCAUCUGGCAACAUCUCAGGCUAUGCAACAUUAAGGCGUGGACCACCACCAGCUCCACCCAAACGGGGUGACAACACCAAGUUGAGUCGAGACUAUUGAUGAAUCAGCUGCCUGUGCGCCGUUUACAUGUUGCCCUAUGCACUCAUAAUCUGCAGUAUUCUGAGCGGUACAUUAACUACUUUUCUCAAAAUUCUGGCUGCGUACAUCUUCCAACAGUUAAAUCCGUUACUCUUCGUAGGAUUGCUUGUCCUUGGAUCAGUGGAGUGUCGUGUUUCACUUGUAAAGUCAAAUUGCUCUACUUGUGUAAAUAUAGAUGCUUUGAUAUAUAAAGGGACCUAGUUCUGGGGUAGUAGAUGUUGGGUCUUGGGGUUCAAAGCUUCCCAGUUAGUAAUACAAGGAAGGGUGGGGGGUGAAUAGAUAGAUGGACCCUAACGAAAGGAAUGUUUUCCUUUCAUAUAGUUACACUAAAUGUUGUUUGUGAUUUGAGUUUGAAGAGUUCUGUCUUUGUCAUUGGAAGACUUCUUAAGUGGCACCUUUCCAAUGUAAUAAUUGGCAGACUUUUGUAAUAGGAACCUCAGGUUUGAAGAGGAAGUAUCCCCUUGAAUUGUUAGGAAAGUACUGUUGUUUUCCUUUCUGUUGAAUUUCAACAUUUGCGUGUUGUCAAAAUAUAUCUGAGAAUAAUCUGAGCUCAAUCUCUCAGAUUUUCUCACAAAGCAGAAUAGAUAAAUACUUAAAUCUAAGCAGAUGGCAAUGAUGCUACAAUAUAUUUAUCAAUUUAUCAGUUACCUGCUAGUGGCUAAAUUACGUCUGAAGUAAGGGCAGUUUGAGAACACUGAUUAGACUGUAAUUACAAUGAAGUUACAUAGACCAGAAUGAACCUUCUCUAGGCCAAAGCAUUGGGUUGUAAAACACACUCCGUUUCUAAUCUCACAUACUGAAGACUGAAACAUAGCAGGUAUGAGUUUCUAAAAUGUUGAAAUUUCUGAGCACUCGAAGAAACAGACACACAGGGGAUGGCCGUGUUAUAGCUGGGUUACAGACAUUUUCCCAUAAAGAAUUCACAAAUCAGUACCCAAAAAUCUGAGAUGGGGAUAAAUGUGCUGUGAAGGAAUUUAUGUGGAGAGAAAAAAGUAAAUAAAUACAAUUUAUUUUUAAAAAUCAAUUUUCUUGAUGCAUGGUCAGAUGUCACAACUUUGUGUUAUGCAAAAUUGGAAGAGGCACUGUUUUCUAGCAAGACAAUUUAUAUCCCCACCCCCACCCACCAUAAUGCUGGGGUUACAAACGCCUCAUUUGCAGUUGUCUAAUUUGUUUCCGUCUUACUUUAAUUGAAGAGUUAGUUUGCAAAUGAGCCUGGUAGGCAAGAGGAACCUAUAUUUUAUUAUUGCUUUUAAUCUUUCAGUUCUCAGCCAGUACAGUUGGUUUGUUACCCAUCUGCUGAGGAUGUCAGUGCAUGACUUGGGUUCACUAAAUUUCUAAUAGCAAGACAAUGUGUACAACAGAUGUCAAAAUUGAGCUGGGUUACGAUGCCUCUGGUCAAGUUUCAUCCUGGCUUUGUAAGGAAGCAUCCAAGUGUGUUAAAGCUCUUUCUGAGAGGAAAUAGGAGAUAGAACUGGGAGUAGCAGAAAUUGCAUUGAACAGCUGAGGAAAAUGAAUGUAAUUUGAUGACAAAAUUGGAUGGGGUUUUUUCCAGUCUAGAUUAUGAAUUUUCCUCCUUGUUUUAAAAAAAAAUAGCUAAAAAGAACCAAAAACUAGAAGAAACUAUUUUUUAAUCAAAACCUACCUGUGAUGUCCUGGUCCACUGCUUUGUGAUCAACCACAUGAUAGUAUCUGGAUGAAAGUGGCUGUCUUGGUCUUUUCAAGAACCUCUUGUGUUUCCAUGUUAAUCCAAUGUUUUAAGAAUCAAAAGAUUCAACCACAUUCCUUGGUUGUUUGGUGUUUUAGACCAAUGAAUAACUUCUCAAUUUCUCAGGCAGGUUUCACAAAGAGGACUGGUACCCAGUUGCCUUGCAAUGUAUAGUAAGGUAAGAUUGGAGGUCACAUGCAAAAUAACAAGCACCUAUAAUCGGGUGGCAUGUUUGCAUUCAAUGUUCAGUCAGGUUACAAUAUCAAACUGAUAACCUACAGAAAACUAGCUUGAGAAAUGCACUGUGAUUUAUUGCACAGAGAGUAACUAAUCACCAGGUACAUUCAAAAUUCUGCUGAAGGACUUUGCAUGAUGGUUCAUCCUUCAAAUGUCAUAGAAUCUUCCAGUGUAUUCAGCCCAUUGUGCCUGUGGCAGCUCUUCGUCUCCAGUUCUUCCCCCAUUGCCUUGCAGUCUUUCCAUCUCAGGUACAUUUCCUCUUCCAUUUUAAAACAAAAUUCUGCAUCCUUUCAAGCACAAAUAACAGAUCAUCAUACCUCACUGUAAAAUAAAAUAUUUCAUUCACUUUUUACGUUAAUUUUACGUAUGCCAGCUACACCAAUCCUACCAGUGAAGAGUUUUACCUUCCUUAAUUAAUUGCCUUAAUUUUGAAGAUUUCUAUUAAAUCUUCAGUUUGCUCCAUGAGCAAUCACAGCUGCUUUAGUCUCCUUAAAUAACUGAAUGCCCUCUUCACUGGUUUCUUCUUCCCACUACGAGAUACAAUUAAAAUUCUUUACGAAUCAGCACUUUAUUGAUGUACAGUGAACAAAGCUGUAUCCAUCACUACCUAUUCUAGUGUCAUACAGCGACAAAAAUAUAGUCUGCAACACUCGCUCAAAAUUAGUGAAGCCUAAAUACUACCAGGAAAGAUUUAUACUCGCAGUAUGUUGCUAUAUGAUUGCCUGAUUCAAAUGCUCCCUGGUGCAUGCCUUUUGCACGCCUGCUAGUACACUACUGAAUUCCAGUGACGCCUUUUUCUAAUGAUUCCAGUUCCUACAAUAGAACCUCUUUGUGUUGAUAUAUUCUUAUUCACUGCAGUGCAUUCUGUAUAAUGUUCUUUUACACUACAAUGGACCCUGCAUACAACACAUCUCAUUUACUUCAGUAUACCCAGUGUCCAGAAUUCCUAGUCAUACGCUGUUCUACACUGCAGAACUGUAGGUAUAGAGUAUUUCCAUUUUCCACAGCACUCGUGUUCUGAGGGAGUAUUUCCAUUCAAUGCAACAUAAUCUGUGGAGAGUAAACACAUUCACUAGAGCACUUGUCCUGUAUACAAUAUUCCAAUUCACUGCAGCACAAGCUACCUACAGUAUUCCCAAUCAUUGUAGCACUCCCUGCAUACUGAUAGUAUUCCCAUUCACUAAGGAGCACCCUGCGAAUAGUGCUAUCAUUCACUGCAACAUAUCUCAGUGCAUUCAGCGCCUUCCCAUUUUGCUGGUGUUCUUAUUCAUUACAGCUUUGAAAACACUGUGGCUAAAUACAUAGAAUAGAUCUUGGUGCCCUGUUCAAGUUUGAUGUGUGCACAUUGCAUGGAUAUAAUCUGAGUUGAAUCAGGUUUUAUACUUGGCUUGGUGCCAUCAUCUUCUUUUCAGUUCAUGUAUCACCGAAGAUUGAAUGACCAAUCUUCUAUUUAGUGGAUUAAAACACAAUGAUACAAUGUCUGUUGAUCUCCUUGAAUUGGAAUUCUUAACAGACACUAUUGUGAUUUCUGUUGCAUGUUACUUAUGUUUGAAAUAUUACAUUUUUUCUUAACAUUGAAAGAAUAAUAUCUAAAACUUAACUUUCUGGUAUGUGAUAAAGUUUUAGUACAAUUUAUUGUCAAUAUUUUUGUAAAUUUGUUGGAAUUUUUAAAAAUUUGAAUGUAUUGUUUAUGGGUGAAAUACAUACAACACAGACUAGUUACUUGUAAGACCUAGAAAAUCAUAAGGCAAGGAAAAUAUUGUUUCCAACCAUGGUCAAGAAAUAAUGACUUUCAGAUGCCAAGUUUUGAACUGGUGCGUUCUUGGGAUAAGAAGGAAUAUAAGGGAUUUAAUGAAGCACUUUUCACAAUCAGGAUGUGUUCCAAACACACAGUAAUUAAUUGACUGUGUUUGUGGUUUAGUAACACAACAAUCAAUUUACAUGAGACAGUUCAAAACUAGCAAGAUAAAUUAUUUUUUAAAAUCUGCUCAGAUUCAGAAAGAGGCAAUAGGCCGAUCUUAAAAGAGCUAUCUGAUUAGACCCAUUCUCUGACAUUUUUCCAUGUACUGCAGUUUUUUUCAUAUAUCUACUUUGCUUUUGAAAAUUGCAUAGAAUCUUCCUCCAACCUGCUUUCAGGCAGUGAAUGCCAGAUUAUAACUCAUUAUGCAAAACUAUUCUUAUCUCUCUACUAGUUCUUGGCAAAUUAUCUUAAUUCUUUCCUCUGACUUCUAACCUUUCUGUUUUCUUUAUUUACUCUAUCGUAAUCCUUGCUGAUAUUAGCUCCCCCUUUAAUCCGUCAAGGCCUAAAUAUAAACCUGUGACUCUGUUCUCUCCACAUAAAUACAUUUCUUCAUCCCUGAUAUAAUUCUAAUUAAUCUCCCCGUUACUCUCUCCAACGCCUUGACAUUGUUCCUGACGUAUAGUUACCCAGUGAAUAUGAUCGAACAUGGUCUUUCAGCAAAGUACUAAUUGAUGAAUAAUAAUAUUUACUAUGGUGUCUUUGCCUUUGUUACUUACUCGUGUUUAUAAAACCAGGGAUCUGAUAUUCUGCUAAAACUUGUCCUAGCACCUUCAAUUACUUUGAUAUAUAUAAACCUCCAAAUCACAGCUCUGGAACCACUCUUAAAUUAUUACACUUAGCUUGUAUUGUCUCAUUCUUCCAAAAUGUUCCACCACGUGUCCAUGCUUUAAUUUUUAUUUGCCAUAUUUGUUUCUACUCCGAAGAUUUUGCUGCAAACUUUCUUGUAGUUUACUGCUUUUGAGAUUCUUGCCAUCUGCAAAGUCCUAAUGAUUAUUUAUUGAAUAGCUGAGGUCCUAAUACAGACCUUGGAGAAUACGUCUGCAUAUUCCUCCUUGAAGACUGACAAACAGCAUCCUAUUUGGUUAUGAUUUUGAUUGAGAGAUAAACGUGUUAAAGUAUUGUUUGUUUUUGAGAGGUAUAAGAAGUUGUUGUAAAAUAUUGUAAUAAUAUCUCAUAUGAAUAUGUUGAGUGCUAUUGCCAUAAAGCAGUUUCCUCUCUAUCCCCUUUUAGCUAUAGAUUGCAAAACAAUUGGAUCAUGUAAUCCACCCCUAUAAGAAAGGGGAAGGAACUUGAAAACAUCUUGAAUAUGUUUUUCCAGACAGCCAAUAAAUCUGGCCGAAGGUUGUAACUUUGGUCUGGAUGUUUUGGACAUUUAGUGAGGAAGCGGGGAUUCCACAUUGGUUGAAUGUUGGGUUAGAGAAUAAUUAAUUGGAUUCUGAUGGAUGAAAUUCCAGAACAGGUUUGUAAAGCAAUUAAUCUUUCUGAUCAUGCAGAUGACUUUUGUAUCUCCCAAUGGCACCCAGCUUUGUUUUUCAGAAAUUAGCAAUUUUAUAGAUUAUAUAUCCCCUUCAUCCCCUCCUCAUUCUAUAUUUUAUGCCUAAUUAUUUUUAAAUUGUCCACUUUAGUAAAUAUAAAAGCCACAUUUUCAAAUCGCUGGUGUGGGACUAAUUAACUGGCCUACAUUGAGGGAUAAGUGAGAGCGUGGCUUCUCUUGUGUCACAUUCCAGCCCUGUAUCUGCUGCUCUUUAAACAAUAUGACCAAUCAUACAUUUUAAAAUGAUGGGAUUUCUUCAUUUCCAUGUAACAUUUCUUUUUUAAAUGCAGAAAAUGGAAAUCUAAAAUACAAACAGAAAACACUAAAAAUCACCUGCACAAACUUAAUUUGUGAUCAGGGUUAAUAUGCUGAUGACAGCAACAGGAACAGUCUCAUGAUGUUGAGUAUUUUUGCAGAAUGAAUUUUCAUGCAUGUUAGUGAAUACCCAGCAAACAGUGGGAAAUUGGUUUUAUUUCCUUGAGUUUAGUAAGAGAAUCAAGAACAGGGACUGAGUUGCUUACAGUCUCCAAAAUAUGAAGCCUGCUCAUGUAUUGCCUUCCAUUAAGCUGAUGCUAAGAAAGUUUGUUAUUUGACUUCUUCCAUAUUUAAGAACACAAUUCUGAAUUAACUGAAAAAUGUUAUGGUUAUUCCUCAGUAUAAAUUCUAUAUCUUAAUUUCCACCCCCAAUCCACCUGGUACAAUAACAAUGCCAACCGUCUCAGAGAACAUGUUCCAACUUAAAAUUGUGUAGUAGAGUCAGUGUGUAUAGACACUGUGUAUAGACAUUACCAGCCUCUAUUAAUAAUGAGGAUAUUAAAAAUGCUGAAUGUAACAGUCACCAUUUUUCUGACUGGGAUGCAAUGAAUGAAGGCUGAUAUAUUUCCCGGUGUGUGUGUGAUUUAAAGGGAAACUGGGAAGCGAUCCUGUCUCCCACACUUCCCUUGCUCACAGGUUUGGAUUGCUACAAAAAAUGUUUGCCAGUUUGACCCAGAAAAUGCACUGUUGGUAGAUAGGCAAAGAAGACUGAUCAAAUGGUCUAUUUUGUCAUGGGUAGUAUUCAGGUUAUUAUUUGUUGGAAAUGGAACGAUUGAGGACCCAGACUAUGAUCAGAGACCUUUUCUUGUCAGAUGCAAGCAGCUUGGGUGAUUUAGGCAGUGUUUCCAUUUGGUUGUUGCUGGCUUUCCACUCUGCACUGUAGUUGGUUUCUGUCUGAUAAAUCCUUUCCCCAUUGGAACAGGUUCGUACUGGCAGAGUUGGUCGUGAUGGAACUGAAGCAGGGGUCUCUGAAUGUUAUUACUAAACUUUGAUAGGGAAUGAUGUCUUCUACUUCCCAAAAACUGCCUCUGCAAGGAGCAAAUAGGAAAUCUACUUUUUACUGUCAAAUGCUUGCUGCACAGUCAGUAUAUAAAAUCCUUCAUAGAAUGCUGGCUGGUUUUAGUUUUAAUCAAUUAAUGCAUUAGUGAAGAUUUAACACCAUGAAGAGAGAGGCAUUUAUAGGCAAUUUGUAUAUCUACUGUGAGUAUCAUUGUCUGAUUUUUAAUCAUUUAAAAAUGAAGCAAUGUUGUGGAUUUUUAGAACAAAGCCUCCUCAUCCAUCUAUUCAAUUUCACUGCUGAGAUGGAUAUAAAGCCAAAAUGGGGAAGGGCAGGGGUGAAUGUGAAAAAGGACAGAGUUUGUACCAAAGAUUAAAAUUAUUUACUUUUAGCCAAAGAAUUUGUAGUUGAUGCUGAAAUUAUUGACUAGGAGAUGCUCAUGGCUGAUAGUACUGCCAUACUUCUAAUUUUGCCAUUGUUGAUAUGGCAUGUCAGCAGAAACAAUCCAUCGUGAAAGAACUUCAGUUAAUGCGAAGGAAUUGGGUUUCUUCUGUUUAUGAUUGAUUACUAAUCUGUCUGUUCAUCUGUGUCUCUCAACCCCCUCCCCCCAGCUAAACGAGGCACAGACUCAGAUGAUAGUUCUGCUUCUGUCGCUACUGCUAUAAUAAACCCCACAGGCUAAUCUUCUGAAUGCAGGAUGUUAACUGCAGCUUUGGCAAAGACCAGUGUCAACAUUGCUGCUGUGUUUCUUGGAAGCUGCAACGUGUUCUUCUUUUGUAUUAUGCAGUUGAUACAUAAUUCUCAUCAUUAGAAUUGAAUUCAAUCAUUAUUGACUGUUUCUUAGUAUCAGCUGUUGUAGAAUCACUGGAGGUGUCGUGGAGUUGAUUGAGAGGGUCAUAUGUGUUUGGUGUAAGAGGUUCGGGACAUGAAUAAUUCACUACUUAAUUCACAAGGCUUAGCUCCUUGCUGGAAUCUAUGUAAUUCUUGGGAGACUGGGGAAUGUUUUGCCUUAAAUUGGACACGAGUAUCAACCUUCACCUCAUCUGGACUGGCUAAAAAUCUUGUAGCCAUUUGUCACCUAUCAUGAUCAGUUUAAAAACAUGUUUCUGUAUUAUGUUUUGUUAAACAGUGCUGAUUUUGUUGCUGUAAAGUUGUUUAUGAAUGCUGCUGGUUAAUUGCAGGGACUGUUGGCUUGCUCUCUGACGUAAACCAAUUGCCAUAGCUUGCUAUUAAAGGCCACUCUCAUCACUGCUCUGGGAGUGCUCAGCUGGCUAGCUGCGGUAAGGAAACGUGUCAAAGUCCGAGUGUAAUAUUGUAUAUAAUUUCUGCCCCUCCCCCAUGUUCAUUUUAAGAGAACAUAUGCAAGUUCUUUUUUUAAAAUGUAAACUCUAUAAUGUAUUAAUAAUGGAGAGUGUAAUUAAUGCAUGACAAGCUUAUAACAGUUUUUAUGACAAUAAAAUGAGUUCAAAUUAUGCAUAAAUCUCAUGUUCAAAUGUAAACUCAUUCAGGCUAAAGUUCAAACAGUCCAUUUAGAAUAUCCUGUGCAAAGUUUCCCAUUAGAUGAAUGGAUUUCAAGGAAUGGUCAUCCUGACUCACUUCCCUCCACAUCCCACCCCUUCAUUCAAAAUAAAUUGCUGCAAAGGUGUCUCCCAACACACUCCAGAAUUGAACCAUACAGCCAAAAAUGAAAAUAUAUCAACUUCGAGGAAAUCUGUUGGGAUACCAGCAAACAAUUGAUUCUUGUGUCAUUAGGUGGCAGUGGCUUGCUUAUCAGUUACAUGUAUGUCAUUCAUAUUAUUCUGUAUUUGCUGUGUGCCAGGCGUAUCCCUCUACUAUCUGGCAGCAACAAAUAACCAGUUAUUUCCUUUCUGUGAGCAUUGUACACCUUGACGGUCUUGAUUGUUUAAAUAAAAUAAAAGCCUAAAAUGCUAGAAAUAUGAAAUAAAACAAAAUGCUUAACAGGUCCGACAGUAUCUGGAGCGAGAAA